CGGCCUGGGCCAGACCGAGGUUAUAUAUACGGGCCGCACGCGCUUUCCCGGCACAGUCAGUUUGGAGAAGCACCCUUACCGCUUCAACGAACGACAUCCCUCGUCGUGAAACCCUCUCUCCCUCUGCCAAGACAAACUCCUCAAACCUAUCAAAAUGAGGGAGUGCAUUUCCGUUCACGUUGGCCAAGCCGGUGUCCAGAUUGGUAAUGCCUGCUGGGAACUUUACUGCCUGGAGCAUGGCAUCCAGCCUGACGGCCAGAUGCCGUCUGACAAGACCAUUGGUGGCGGAGACGACAGCUUCAACACCUUCUUCAGCGAGACUGGUGCUGGCAAGCACGUUCCCAGGGCUGUGUUUGUCGAUUUGGAGCCUACAGUAGUUGAUGAGGUCCGCACUGGUACCUACCGCCAGCUCUUCCACCCGGAGCAGCUCAUUACCGGCAAGGAGGAUGCUGCCAACAACUAUGCUCGUGGCCACUACACUAUUGGCAAGGAGAUCGUUGACUUGGUGCUGGACCGUAUCCGCAAGCUGGCUGACCAGUGCACUGGUCUUCAGGGCUUCCUGAUUUUCCACUCCUUCGGUGGUGGCACUGGCUCUGGUUUCACUUCUCUGCUCAUGGAGCGACUCUCUGUUGACUAUGGCAAGAAGUCUAAGCUCGAGUUUGCCAUCUAUCCUGCUCCCCAAGUUUCUACCGCUGUCGUUGAGCCCUACAACUCCAUCUUGACCACCCACACCACCCUGGAGCACUCAGAUUGCGCCUUCAUGGUUGACAAUGAGGCCAUCUACGAUAUUUGCCGCCGCAACCUGGACAUCGAACGCCCGACCUACACGAACCUCAACCGUCUCAUCGGCCAGAUUGUCUCCUCCAUCACUGCCUCCCUUCGCUUUGAUGGAGCCCUGAAUGUGGAUUUGACCGAGUUCCAGACCAACUUGGUGCCUUACCCUCGUAUCCACUUCCCCUUGGUUACUUAUGCCCCUGUCAUCUCUGCUGAGAAGGCGUAUCACGAGCAGUUGUCUGUUGCUGAGAUCACCAACGCUUGCUUCGAGCCUGCCAACCAGAUGGUGAAGUGUGACCCACGUCACGGAAAGUACAUGGCUUGCUGCAUGUUGUACCGUGGAGAUGUUGUUCCCAAGGAUGUCAAUGCUGCUAUUGCUACCAUCAAGACCAAGCGUACCAUCCAGUUUGUUGACUGGUGCCCUACUGGCUUCAAGGUUGGUAUCAACUACCAGCCCCCAACUGUUGUUCCCGGUGGAGACCUUGCUAAGGUGCAGCGUGCUGUGUGCAUGUUGUCUAACACCACAGCUAUUGCUGAGGCGUGGGCCAGAUUAGAUCACAAGUUUGAUCUGAUGUAUGCCAAACGCGCCUUCGUACACUGGUACGUUGGUGAGGGUAUGGAGGAGGGAGAGUUCUCUGAGGCCCGUGAGGAUCUGGCUGCCUUGGAGAAAGAUUAUGAAGAGGUUGGCAUGGAUUCCGUGGAGGGAGAGGGAGAGGGUGCUGAAGAAUAUUAAUCCUGUUCUUCCUGUAUGAUCUGGCAAUUUCCUGAAAUCUCAAGUUUGAAGCCUGUCUGUAGAUCGACAUUUAUGUGCCAGUAUUAUGAAGCUUUAAUUUAUUCAGCCAAACAGAAUAAAAUGCUUGACUUGACCUGC